CCGGAUGAGAUGCCUUCCCCUUGCUCGAAUGAAGUUGACCAAUUUCGGUGGGACACUCGUAGGCACGCCGUACCGUCAUAGAAGUGGGCACUUUAUCACCGGGAAACCACUCUGCGAUAAUAAAAGAACAAGAAACGUAGAAGUCAGGGUGUGUGUGUGUGCAAGGCACUGACAGCAGGAGAGAGCCUGUCGAAUCCGCUUUUCAGGGAAGAGACAAAACUUCCCAUCGGAUACGUGAUGUACUAAGAAGACGAAGUAAUCUGUCCGAGUAGCCGGCACCUUCUUUCGUCCCCGUAGUGCACGUUCGCAACGUGGGGCGGCGAAUGAGUUACCGAGUGCGCACGCUCCGGAUCAGUGCUCUACUGUUGCGCCGCGGUCGGGGUCUAGGUGAAACGCGCGUGGUUCCCGACUCCGGGCCACAGUCUGGGCGCGCGCGCCGGGCCGCUGAGCCCAUGUGUGCCAACACUGCUCGCUGCCGGAAUGCCUCCCGACGCACAAGUUUGCAAGGGACCUGCUCUAUCGCCAAGGCUUACCAUGUCCAGCUCCAUCGGCUGAUGUACUCUGCUAACAACGCAGUCUUCGCGGAAGAAAUGAUGUCUUUCGAGUAUGCUUUCAUCCUGGGCUGCGCCAGUUGGUGCCGAGCUUCACUUCCGCCAAUUAUCCAAAUCAAACCUCCAAGAUGAAGCCAACCCUACGGGCGACGUUGACGUCAUCGUCUUAAGGAGGCAUGGCCCUGCUGUCAGCAGUGGCGUCCACUGUCAUGGACCUGUGGACGCAACCGGACACAGAGGAAACACUGAUCACGCAGGCUACCGUCGUUCCCAGUGAAUCCACCCUGACGACGCUUCUUCCUUGGGAACCACCCGACAACUCUACGUCCACCAUCGCAGCGACCGCUGCUUUGCUUUGUCUCAACACAUCUAUGCAGAGUCCCUGCAACGACACUGCAGUGAACGGGUCGAGCACAGAGGAAUGGCGGCGACCGUUUGCCCUGUGGCAGACUGUCGUAAUCGGUGUGCUCAUCGGAAUAUGUAUCAUCCUCACUGUGGGCGGAAACAUCUUGGUGCUCACUGCGUUCGUUGUGGAGCGUGCCAUCCGGCAGCCCAGCAACUACUUCAUCGCCUCCUUGGCCAUGUCGGACUUGCUGAUCGGUGUAGUGUCGAUGCCUUUUUACGCCUUCUAUGUCCUCGUAGGCCGGUGGGAACUCGGCCCCAUACCGUGUGACCUCUGGCUGGCGACGGACCACACAGUGUGUCUCGUCUCCAUCUAUACUGUUCUACUCAUCACCAUCGAUCGUUACUGUUCUGUAAAGAUUGCGACAAAGUAUCGCAAUUGGAGGACUAGAGACAAAGUCAUUUGGAUGGUCGCCAUCACGUGGAUCGUGCCGUUCCUAGUGUUCUUCAUAAGCAUCAUGGGAUGGGAGCAUUUCAUCGGUUACAGAGACUUGGAUCCCGGCGAGUGUGCAGUUCAGUUUCUAAAGGAUCCGGUGUUUAACACGUCUCUCAUAUUUGGCUAUUUCUACGCUACGUUAGUUGUGUUGUUCAUUCUGUACGGAGGAAUAUACAAAACGGCGAGUGAUAUGCAAAAGAAGUCAGCGGCGAAACAAAAGAAGAUGCAGUCUCUCGUAGCCUUGGGACGGGGAGGUGCGGGUUCUAGACCAGGGGCUAGUUUACCGAAAUGUGCCGGUCCAGAGGCUCAGGAUACGCAGCAGCAACCUGAGACGACUUCCAUGACUGAAUGUCAGCAAAUAAUUCGAAAUCCUGAGCAAGGGCAACCUGGCAGUGGGGAUUCGAGCUCUAGCCAGAAGACGUCCUCCAACCGCACGGGCAACACAGAGACGACGAGCUUUUCAGACAAAGGAAAGGACAAUUCGGACCAAGAUAGGUCUAGCAGCCCCAUCUUUGAGUCGGAUGAAGAAUAUUCACAAGACGCAAGUACAAGACCACCAAAGUCAGAACACAAGCCGAGGAAGGUCAAGACCCACAAAACUGGGCCUAAAAUGGGAAAGAGAGCGUCGAAAGCUGGCGCCACCCGAAUGUCUAUAGUCGAGGCAACUCUGUUGAGGAUUGAGCCACCUUCUUUCGCCACAGGAAGAACAUCGGAGCUUGCCAAGCAACUUGCCUCUGCUCUUCCAAUGACCGAACACGCUGAGACGACGACGCGUUCGAGGCAUUCCUUUCAGCAGCAGACCUCCGUACCGCACCCGGACAGACGCCGGUCAAGCCCACAGCAACCUAGAAGAUCUCCGCUGAGUUCGCAGCAAAAGCCCAAUUCCAGUCGUCGUAGCUUCCAGCAGGACUUUUCAUUAAACUCCACGUCAGAGCCUAGUCUUCUAGACACCGAGAACAUCAUGACUCCAGUCACUCCUCCAGGUUCCGACUGUGGAAAUCCUUUUGUGAGUAUUUCGCCGACAGAACCAUUACGGUCAAUAUCCCCCUCUGCAAAACCAAUUCCACCGGCGACGUUAGACGUACGGUCACAGUUCGAACCUCCCCCACCUGCAGUUGCCGACCACCUGAAAUUUAUAGACCAAGACACUUCCCUCGCCAUCGCGUCACCUAAGAGUGAUAACUUUUCUCUAGCAUCUUUGCCUUCGAUACCUUCGGUCGCUAGCCACGGCAGCACACCUCCCAUAGAUCUCCGGUCGCAGCUCGUUUCAUCCAGCACCGCCGUUGCCUCCGCGGCAGGAGUCCUACCCUUGCCCAAACCGACAGACGCGGUGGAAGAAAAACCGCCUUCGCUCCAGAAGAAUGCUAUCCCUGCAAAGUCCACGAAAUUCCUUACCCCACACACGAAGAACAGCAUCGUAGAAACGCAACAACUCGAGUUUAGUUCGGAGUCGAAAACGAUAACUCGGGUGGCCAAUCCAGAUGAAGCACGGUGCAUGAUUGAGGUGGAGCAGUCGCCCAUGGAAACGUUGUCUAGAGAAUGCUCGACGAAUCGUUCGUCGCGUAGUCGAACGUUAGUGUCUUCUUUCAGUAAGAAGAUACACAAGAAGAGGAAAAAUGACAGGAGGCAGAAAUCCAAGUCAGAAAACAGGGCGAGGAAGGCAUUAAGGACCAUCUCGUUCAUCCUCGGGGCGUUUGUGAUUUGCUGGACACCGUAUCAUAUCUGCGCUCUCGUUGAAGGCUUCUGUUCAGACCCCAACGGGUGUGUGAACUAUCAUCUCUUUUACUUCACGUACUUUUUGUGUUACGCCAACAGCCCCAUAAACCCCUUCUGCUACGCGUUGGCGAACCAACAAUUCAAGAAGACGUUUUACAGGGUACUGCGCGGUGACCUCCACAAGACGUAGCUCUUUCUUCUAGAGACAGCUUGGUAAUUUUUGGAUGUGGAACAAAAAGUAAGAUGUUUUAAGUUUUAGCUUUGCGUUAUAAACACUGUAGUGACUGUUUAUUCGUGUGAACACGUAUGUGUCAAGCAGGAUGAUAUGUUGAUAUGUGUGUCUGGUUAUCAUAUUCGUUCGUUUACAUGCAGUAAUUUAAUUACAGUGUACAUUGAAAUGUCACAUGACGCAUCCUAAAGGGCACCAGUACAGCCUUCUUGACAUAGCUUGAACUCUUCAAGAGGAUUGGUAACAGGACACUCACUUAUGAAGCGCUUUUCUUUCUAAAGUCAUCAUUUCCAUAACGUAGAGGAUGACUUGCACCAAACCUCUAAAAUGUGGCGUGGUUGCUAAACUUCUUAACGCAGCUGUACGAUGUCCCUUCGAAAAACUACGCACCAGAUACGUGCGAAUAAAGGAUCUCAGUUUUUUUACUCCAACACGGGUAUCUUCCCACAUUGUUGCAGACGAUGCAUGACGUAUCCAGCGCGUCGCACGGGCGCGGCUGCCAGUAGAGAAAGUGCUGGUUAAAGUAAAGCAGCAUAAUGUGCUUGUUUGUACGUGAUCGGCAUGUUAUAAGAGCAACUGACAGGGGCACAGAGGAGACAAAACAACACUGCGCUGUGUGGUCUUGUCUCCUCUGUAUCCCUGUUAGUUGCGCUAACAACAUGCUGCUGGUUAAGGGCCGAUGUAAUGGCCGUAGUGAGCAGUCGUGCAUAUGAACUGAAUUUCAGUUUAAUUGUAAAGUAAUGGAGCUGUCAUAAACUUUUCAAUACGUAUACUAUUGUAUUGUACUAUUGUAGUAAGUACAUGCAACCCUUUAUAUUAUAGUGCGUUUUGUAAAAAAUGAACGCACCUGCCCCAUUUGUAUGUGUACAUAAGAUCCGUCUGUGAGUGGAUUCUCCGGAAGCUCUGAACAUGUCUUCACACCAACACAAAUGUACUAAAUAACGUGAGAAACACGUAAGAAGGUCACAAUUUUUCAUUACCAUUUGGCAGACAAGGUCGUCGGGACUCCUUUCUACAACAUUCGAGCUAUCUUAAAAGGCAAUUCCACAUACUACUUUUUAACCGCACGCAAAAAUUUGCUGCUAGUGAGCACUUACCGCUUUGUACGGGUGACUACAUUCCGCCACAAACCUGGUUGUGAAGGUAAUCGCAUUUGGCGUCAUCGCGCCGUCAUCGCCGGCGUCGCGCGCAACCUGUAGCACGCAAGGGCUCAUGGGAACUUAUAGCGCCUUACAGCAUUACAAGACGGCCGGAGGCGGAGGUAGAAGAAGAACAACAACAUUCCCGGUGUGCGCAGCAGCAGCGUUAGCCGGGGAACCAUAACCGAAGCAGACGACGGAGCAGUGUCGCUUAAAGUUCCCAUGCUGCUUUGCGCCGCGCGCUUGGUGGCGCGCGCAUGUUUGUAAAAUCAUCUAUUACGUCAUGCAUCGGCUGCACGAGAGGCAGAUCCGUGCCCGCGGGCGUGCAUCGAGGUCUCGAUGUGGAGAACAAAAGCGGUGACGGAAGCUGCGCCGGAACCCUUUAACCCGUACUUCGUUUUGUAUUCAUGCAGCUCAAACACGUGUCUGACGUGAUAUUAAUUUGACCGUUCCACCGUGAGUGUCCCUGAAAACUGCAGACACACGCUCAUUCACUGAUGCUGGAGUCGUAUUCCCAUGAGCAAAACCCAUAGACGUCUAAUUUCUGCAAUCUGAAGUCGGAAGAUUCCUGUUGCACAAAAUAUAUAUCAGAGUCUUCUUGCCGUUGACGUCACGCUAUGCGCCACACAUAUUUUAAAGCAACGCGCUGAGUAUAGCGCUCUGCGUUAUUCGACCUAUUGUUUACAGUCUGUCGCUGACAGAGAGCGAGCAUUGUGCCAUUGAGAACUUUUUUUAACUCUUCAGUUGCCAGAGUGGUCACGUGUAAAAUUAAAUGUGCUGAACGUUGAUGCAGUAGCCAGUACAAAAAAAAAAAAGAAAGAAAGAAAGAAAGAAUGUCCUUCGCGUCGUCGGUACAACGGGCUUCCGUGUUGCCGGCGAGAUAAUGUGUGCUCCAUAAUUUAGAAUACACGGAGCAAAAAACAGCGUUCCCUUAUCUCUUACAUGGACAAGAAUGGGUAAUUGGGUGCCGUCCUAGUAUUAACUUCCUAGGAUGCUUUUACCCGCCGCUCUCCCACUUUUAUUUUUGGAAACUUGAUCUUUGACUGUAUUUUUCAUUUAUUUAUUUUUUCUUCCGGACAUCAAAGUGAACAGGGCUAGAACGAUUGCUUGUAACGUUUUUAUCAUUUUGAUGAACAACUUUUAGUACUUAAAACAUUCGUAAAAAUUGCCAAGUACUAUGUCGUGGCGCUGGAUGUGAUUUAUGUGAUAACCGCGAAGUGUAUAGAUAGACGAAAUUAGAACAUAACUACAUGAUACUCUACGUUAGGCAAAUGGCAAUACACGAUCGUUGGGUAGGUUGGGUUAUUCACUUUCGAAACGUGUUCCAUGCAUGUUCUUAACUUGACGGCACCCAUGUGAAAUCAACGAUGAUAAUCACGUAAUGUAUUUACACCUAAGUAAUCGCCGUUUAGUGAACGUACGAGGGCUAGAAGCACCACUAAAGUUUACACCGCACCGGUUACAACAUAUCAGUUUGUUCUCUAUCGUUCUACUAAUCUAUUCAUUAAUAUUCGUGCGUUGAAUAGUAGGACAUGUGUAUUUCCUAUUUCGUAACUCGUAUUAUCAGUAUGUCCAAGUAGCAUCAUCUACACCUGGCUACUUUCAACGUUCAUGCCUUAGAACCUACACCUGACCGUUAUACCUUAUACACAUUCACUCACUGUGAAUCAUCGUUCAUGAGACAUUGCUUUCGUUAUGCCAUGUAGUGAAAGCACGGUAGCAGUGUACACUCUGUAGGUUAUGUGUCUGUCGUGUAAAAAACAAACAAGCCUGUGCAAAGUAUAGACGACAUAUUCAUGAUCAAGUCUUCCUCUUAUUGAUGGGCAGAAUCAACGCGUCACUUGUGGUUGUGUAUAAGCCAGAGGCCACUGCACGUAUUGAAAGUGUGGUUGCUUUAUCGGACUUGGUGCAGGGUCUCCUUGGAGCUAAACCGUUGAUUGAUGUUGCCCCACUGUUUCUUGGGGCGCAGUGAUGUGCAGAGGGUAUAGUCAGUAUUUCGUCGAGCUAUGUCCCGCUAUGUGAAGUGUGUUGUUUGAGCGCAUAUAUGGGAUACGCAAAGUUCACGUGAAUUUCGCCCUUUUCAGUUUCGUUUCAUCUUGUAUGCGAUUUGAAAUUUAAGAAAUUUGUGCGUCUUAUAAAUAUUAGCAGCAUUUCGAUGACAGACACUGCGUGUGGAACUGAAGUUGUUUGCGUUGUUGAAGAGAUCAUGAAUGCAUUUCGUUUACUAUUUGUAUUUUUCGCAAGGUGUAUUCAGGAAUACCGAGUCGAAUAUUUAUGCUCGAGGAGCAAACCUGCCUCUGUCUCGGCUUUAGUCGUGUUGCCAUGGCGCCACUACUCUUUUCGAUGCUUUUCUCGUGUGGCGCUGCUAGAGACCUGACAGAGCACCGCAGGUCGCGCUCGAAUCAUAUAACGACAGUCAUUUGACGCCGCCAGUGUUGCUGGGUUGUCUAUAGUCAGUGACAACGUAAGUCCUACAAUUGGGACCGCCCACUCAUCUAUGGCAGGCUCCUGCGAUUGGCUACCAGCCUUUGCACGACGCCCCCGCUUGGCGAUGUAGUGCCGGCCUCCCGUCGCUCUCUCUCUCUCUCCCCCAGUCCCCACUUGGCCGCGCCGCACUACAUUCGCGCGCGCGGAGCGAUUCUUGUGUGGGGGCGGGGUCAAGUGUAUGACUUACGUUGUCACUGACUAUAGUGUCGCGCAUCAGGUCGGAGCGGCGCCGCGCAUUGUGUGUGCUAACCGACUCGCAAAUUUAACUGCAAGUUAUACAGAACAUCAGGGAAGCAACCAUCAGUUACCGAAGGAGAAAAGGAGAAACGGAAAGAAUGACGAAAGAGACAAUUCUUUCCUGCGUUUGCUUAUAAAAAAAAAAUGCCUUUUCUAACCGCGUGAUCUGUUUGGCCUACGAACGAGAACCGCUCCCACAAAGAAUUACACGUGCAGUACGGAAAAUUCAUACCCCUUUGUUCCAGGAUUGUGCGAAUUCUCGCGUUCUCCGCUCAUCUUCCGCCGAAAAGCAGAAAAAGAAAAAUGCUGUUCUGGCUCUCCGACCCAGUGGAAUUCGCCAUUACAUUUCUGGAUCAUUGUUGUAAAUGCGUGCGAACAACCAUUUCAAAAACAGCGAUUGUUACGUCGAAAACCGCAGUGACUUAUAUUUUAUCGAUUAUCCCUGUCGACUGACUAUGCGCGUGUUGUUAAAUGUCGGCUUGCGCUUCACAGAAAGUUAAAGCACACAGGGCAAUGUACACAGUGUUGGAGAGUUUUGAAACGAAUUCGUUCAACUCGCAGACCAGAGUAGUAAAGCGAAACCGGUAAGCUCAACCCUCCUCUGAACUCACUCCCAAGGUGCGCUUGCAGUGACGCGCAAAUGUGCUCCCUCGUGACGGUUACACUGGGAGCGUUGAGAUCGUACCUCGGUGUAAAUUUGCGUGCGUACCCAACGCAUGCUAGAAGCGCUCCCUCAUAAUGUCUUUCACCGGUGAUAUGCCGAGCUUUUUAUGGUAGCUACAUUUCCGAUGUACACACCACAGUUCACUUAGUAGGUAUAUUAUGAUUUUAAAGAAACAAAAAAUGUGGUGUCGCCUCUGAAUGCAGGCCUAUCAUUCGCGUUUGUUGUCAUUGUGGAAAAGAGCAGUGUCGUCGUUCGCGCUUGAAGUUACCUUCUCAGUAAAAGUCACCUGGAGUCAGCAUGGAUCAACGGAGUGGUUAGCAGAGUGGUUUGUGCAGAGAACACUUGUGUGUCUCAAGAUUUUGAAAGAAAACAAAAACGCCGAGUGGACAUUGACGACAGCCGCUUUCCUCUUGGACCGUUGGAUCCGUUGCUGCAUGUUGUAUUAUGUGCAGAUUGUGUAUAUAUACUUGUACCAUAUAUGUUGAUUGGUUUAUACAUCGAUUAGUGGUGACGCUGUUUUGUCGGGAGGUCCCUGUAUCGCCGAGUGAAUGUUUUUGUUAUUAUCAAAACAGAAGGAACAUGCCAGCGCUUUCAAGACAUAUAGAAAUAUUGUUGAGACUGAUUCUUAGGAAUAUUGUUAAAGAGUGAUUCUUAUCUUUUUCCGCACAUAGUUAGGAUGACAAGUCAUAGUGCAGAGCAAAAGUACUUCGGUGAAAAUCUAUCUUUUCAGCGUUGAAGAAGCAGGUAUAAAAUAAAAAUAAUAAAAUAGGUAAAUGUGGCUCCAUCGCAAUCCGAAUAACUUCGCGUCCCAACAUACAGACAAAAAGUCGCGAGCUCCAUAAAAAUGUCCUUUAACAAUGAAUUCUAAAAAGCGGCAAAUUGUAAGAAUUAAAAGUUCGAGACGAUGUACCUUAGAGUAAAAAUGGUUUCGACCCAAACUAGAAUGUACCAUGUACAACUAUGUAGCACUUGUAGAAGUGCAUUAAAGAUCCUUAUUGGUUGUAAGGAGCAUGCCGCAGAGAAACUGGCGAUCUACCGCAGAAUUUAGCGCCUCAACCAUUAUUCCUCCCCGUGAGUGUUACAUACUGUACGCUGAACUGUUCUGCCCUCUAGUGCCACGGCCUGUAGAAACUUUGCA